CUCGAAAUUCUCCGAAGAGAUAAAUAAACAUCUACGUUUUAGUUCUUUGUGAAUUGAAAAUUUAAUUGUUUCUUUCACUGUCGUUGGAAAAGAAACGUCCGUCUUGAAUUAGUGCAGAAUGGGGAAAACAUUUCAAAUCGCUUAUACUUCAGAACUCAUUUUUAAUAAAUCGAAGGCCUAUUCUUAAACAUCUUUCGUAGUAACAUUCAACCGCCAUCAUCCUCCAGCCAAUAUUCUCCUUAUACAGUAAAGACCUGAUAUGAGUUCAGCAAGCACUGAUCGAUCAAUUUCUUCUGGCAUAUCGCUUCCGCAGUGGAUGAAAACUAGAAUCGGCGACAGGUACGAUUUGGAUCAAGCAGCUUUUUCUACGCCUUCUGAAGACGACAGCUUUUUUUUCAUACGUUAUCCUCUUCCUGGAGAAUCAAAAAUACACGAAAAAUUCGAAACCGAUUGCCCCACUCCGAUUGAAUUUGCGCCUAAUACUCAGAACGACGCAAUCAUGAAACGUUCCUCUACAGCUCCUGGUAAUCAGCUUAAUCAAAACGUCAUUCCGGAAGUUCCCAAAGAGAACACCGAUUAUGGCAAAUCAAUAUCUUCGGUUGCGCAUAACGUAAUCACUGGAAAAAUUUUCGGAAGUUACUUGUAUCCGGAAAGUACGUCUGACGCAGAUGCUACACGUUACAACAGACAACGAAGAAAUAGCAAAUCCUUACCAGCGUCUCCGCUCGCUUCGCCUAAAAUCAGUCGUAAAAAUCCCUACUUCACCGAUCCAUUUGCAAGGCCAUAUGAAACAUAUGACGGUAAACAGAGCUGGGUUUUAUCCAUACUUAGCCAACGUAAAUCUAUCGAAGAUCUGACAUCCAAUACUGAAUCCUCAGCUAGCGAAAACAAUUCCCCUAAUAUUAUACGGCGUAAUCCAACUUUCAGCGAUCCUCAACCUCAACCCUCUGAAUUACGAGAAAUGAAUUUUUGGUCUCCAGUUUCCAUGUAAUGUUAAUUGUAUUCGUGUAUUAUUUAUGUACUACUUUUUCCCCCUUUUUGUUUUUAAUAUUAAGAGAUAUCUGGAUUGAAAAUUAUCGUACUCGAGUUUUAUAAAAAAAAAAAAAAAGUUUGAUGAAAAUUCUGAGUGAAUAACGUAUGUGAUUGAAAAUGUUUGUAUGUUAAAUUUCUCUCCUUUUUAUCGAUGAAAAUUCUUCUGCCCUGUUUAUAGUAUUCUGCUAGCUUGGAAAUUUUAUAUGGUUAUUGUUUUUAUAUGUUUGAUCGAUUGGAAUAGUUCACUUAUUGACAAGGAAUUAACGUGGUCGUUUUAUGAGCGCUUUAUUAUCUUUUCUGAUUAUCAAUUACGUAUUAAUUAUCGCUGCACGCUUCGUAAACCACGAAUAAAAAUUACGCAUUUUUUCAAUCGAUCGACUUUGUGUUUAAAUUACGUUGUUUCGCAUAUUUUUCUUUUUUUUUUCUUUUCAUGCCUAAUAUCAUCUCAUCUCAGCUUUUUACUGUGUAAGUCGAGUGUAUGUUUUUUUUUGUAAAUACCUUUUGUAUGUGUGAACGAAAUCAUUCGAAACCGCUUUCGUACUUCUUUUUUUUUUCUUCAUCAUUGCGUAGUUCGUGAUUAGUGAAUGAUUUUGUUCAACCAGCACUUAGUUCUACUGCAACUCUGUUAUCUCUGAAAUAUAUACUUUUUUUACUA